AUGAAAGUGGAUCUCUGGGUUGUUUCAUUUACCUGUUUCCUCAAAGGAGUCGCAGCCAUUUCUGGCGCCUCAGGAACCUUAUGGUACUCUUCCUCCGCGGUCGACUUUACCACUGCCUUGCCCAUAGGUAAUGGCCGCCUGGGGGCAAUGAUUUAUGGGAAAAUUGGCACCGAGACCAUCAGCUUGAACGAAGACUCAAUCUGGAGCGGAGGCUUUACUAGCCGAAUCAACGCGAAUGCUGUAGCAACCGCUCCAGUGGUCAACGAUUAUAUGCUUGAUGGUAACAUUACCCAAGCAAAUAGUGCUUGGGUUUCUGGCAUGUCAACACCGCUGAGGGAGAGCGUUUAUCAGCCCAUGUGCUCGUUGGCUCUCGAUUUUGGUCAUGAUGGGGCUACGUCCUACAACAGAAGCCUUGAUCUUCAGACUGGAGUUGCAGCUGUCAGCUACAUGUUUGGUAACACGAAAUAUACUCGCGAAGCUAUCGCCUCUUUCCCUGACGACAUCUUGGCCUUUCGAUUUUCGGCUUCAACUUCUGGUUCUAUCAACUUCAACUUGUCUUUGACACGAACACAAAACGUCACUUCCAUAUCUGUGAAAUCGAAUGAGUCGGUGAUUCUGAGGGGAACUGGAUCCGUAGAUGAUACUAUCAGUUUCAUCUCGGAGGCCAGAGUGGUGACAGAAGGAGGAACUGUGACCGCAAACGGCGAAGAUAGUCUGAUAGUCAAAGAUGCCGAUGUGGCCUAUAUAUAUGUGGACGGCGAGAGCAGCUGGCGAUACACUUCCGACGAUACACGCACGGCCGCGCUGCAGAAAAAGCUUGACAGUGCUGUCUCUCUCGGAUGGAAUGAAAUCUCCAGAAAGGCAAUCCAAGAUUACCAAAGCCUAGCCCACAGAACAUCCCUUGAUCUUGGAGACUCCGGUGCAGCUGGAGCCCUUGCAACGGACCAACGACUGGAGAGUUGGAGAGCCGGUUCAGAUUUCACCACUGACCCGGAGCUCAUCACCCUGAUGUUCAACUAUGGCCGUUAUAUGUUGAUCAGCUCAUCUCGGGACGGAUCACUUCCCGCCAAUCUCCAAGGGAUUUGGAAUGAAGACUUUGCGCCAGAAUGGGACUCGAAAUUUACUCUUGAUAUUAACUUGGAGAUGAACUACUGGGCCUCAGAGACCACAAAUUUGCCAGAAACCGCCUUACCUCUCUUCGACCACAUUUCACGUAUGCAAAACAGAGGAGAAGAAGUGGCCAGACAGAUGUACAAUAUGUCUGGUUGGGUCUGCCAUCACAACACCGAUAUCUGGGGUGAUUGCGCCCCCUUGGAUCAGCAAACGUACUAUGCUGCAUGGCCAAUGAGUCCAGCCUGGCUGUCGCUUCAUCUGUUUGAGCAUUAUAGAUUUGGCAGGAGCACGGCAUUUGCUGAAAAAGUGCUCCCAAUAGUGGAAGCUGCGAUUGAGUUCUACUAUGACUUUUUACAAGAGAGGUCCGGUUACUACGUUACACCCUAUGGUAUGUCGCCUGAAAACCAGUACUAUAUUCCAUCGGGGAAAGCCAUUGCAAACGGGCAAUCUGGCCUUGAUGUCGCACCGGCAAUGGACCGUCAGCUUCUUCAUGAGCUUUUCACGGGAUAUCUUGAGCUCAAGAGCGCAAGAAAGGAAACCAAUGGAGUUGCCAAAGCUGAAACAUACUUAUCCAAGAUCGAAGGCCCCGUCAUUGGGUCUCUUGGUCAAAUUCUGGAAUGGUCGGAAGAAUUCGAUGAGACAGAGCUUGGCCAUCGACAUCUCUCACACCUGGUAGGGCUCUUCCCUGGAGGUCAAAUUCACCCAGGGAUCAACGAGACCAUUUUCAACGCCGCCGCUGUAUCUCUCAAGCGUCGCAUGGAUAACGGAAGCGGCCAAACGGGAUGGUCUGCAGCCUGGGUUAUUGCACUCUAUGCGAGACUGUUCGAUGGGGAUAAUGCGUUAUACCGAGCAGGAAAACUUCUAGAGAAUUCGGUGUUUGAUAAUCUCUUUGGACAGACCUCCAUAUUCCAGAUAGACGCGAAUUUAGGGUUCCCCGGAGCCAUCGCGGAGUUGCUACUUCAGAGCCACGCCGGGUUUGUUCAUAUCGGUCCUUCCUUGCCAAAGAGCCUGAUCCCGAACGGCAGUGUCGCUGGCCUGAGAGCACGAGGGGGCUUUGUCGUCGACAUGAGCUGGAAGGAACACAAAAUUACGAGCGCAAACAUACUUUCCACGCUUGAAGGCUCACUUUCGGUGAAGGUGGAGGAUGAUAGGAACUUCCUGGUUGAUGGUAAGGAGUAUAGUGGGCCCAUAAACACGAAGGCUGGAUGGAAAUAUAGCAUUACAAUGACUUAA